AAUUUAACUGAAUCAAGAAUUGAUAUUCUGAUCCGAAAAAAUACUUUAUUUUUUGAUGGGUUGUCGCCACCCAUUACUACUCGUCUCAUUGAUUUCCCAGUUUCUUGCAAUCUUCGUCUCCUCUUGUUUAUUUCUUGAUUCAAGAAUUAUGCCUUUGACCUUUGAAUUUUCUCUGUCUUUUCUCAAAUAUUUUUACGAGAAUGCUGAUGCAUCUUCGUUUUCAUAUCGCAUCAGACCAAGUUACACGCCAGCAAGAAAGAAAAUCUGCUUCUCUUCAUCGUUUCUGUGCGAUCGCUUUGUUUGUUGUGCAAUUUCAUAGAAGCAAGCGCUUGUGUACCAGCUUGAAUCAGUGCUAUACUUACCUUAGCUUUACGUAACUGUAUUCUUCUGUGUGAUCCUUCUUUUGUUGUAAUCAUCAGGGAUUUUUCUUUACUCCUAAAAUUUUAGUCAUAGAGAAUACAAGAAUGAGAUAGAAUUGGUACUCCAUUCUAGCCUUUUGUGCUUGUGUUUUAAGUUGGUUCCUGCUUAGUGUGAGUUGACAGUGGUGUAAUUUCGUUUUGGCGUGUGAUUUUUAUUUGAAAUUCUAAUCUGGGUUGUUCUUGAGUUUGUGAUUUUUGGUGGUUUUGGGUGAGAUCGGCAUCUGGGUUGUGCCUGAAUUUCCGAGUUUUGGUGGUUUUGUUGUGGUCUGGUGAUAUUUGGUUGGGGAGCAGGGUUGUGGUGUUUGUAUAUGAACGUUGUGGCUUUUGAUUGUGAGCUGCUGAAGGGGUCCCUGAUCUUGAGAUCAUGGCCUCACCACGGCCAUUGUGCUUGCACCUUGUUAAGGAAGAGCUUCUCCUAGUCUCGUUGAUAGUUUGAAACCAAUUUGCGCUGGCCUUGAACCUUCUUCUAGGAUGGAUUCAAAUUCCCAGUUUGAAAUUAGUGAAAGUGCAAGUCAAGUUCCUGACUUUAUACGGAAUUCAUCGUCCCAGCGAAGUAUUUCUCCGGUUCAGUCGAUUUGGUCAAAGACCUCUGGUGGGCGCUCUAUUAGGGAGGUGAGCUUUAGUGAGCUGGAAUCAAAACCUGUGAGGCAUGGGUCGAGGGGUGCUGAUUCUGAAGGUUUCAGCGCCUCUUAUAAAGAGAUAAAUGAUGAUGAUGCAAGGUUAAUCUAUAUAAAUGACCCUGAUAGAACAGACGAGAAGUUUGAAUUUGCUGGUAACUCGAUCAGGACUGGGAAAUAUUCCAUCUUGACAUUCUUGCCCCGUAAUUUAUUUGAACAGUUCCACAGGGUUGCCUAUGUAUACUUUCUUGUUAUUGCUAUCCUCAAUCAGCUGCCCCAGCUGGCUGUAUUUGGUCGGGGAGCUUCCAUUAUGCCAUUGGCCUUUGUGCUGUUAGUCACGGCCAUUAAGGAUGGAUAUGAGGACUAUAGGCGGCACCGGUCUGACAAGAUUGAGAACAGCCGGUUGGCGUGGGUUUUGGUAAAUGAGCAGUUUCAACAGAUAAGAUGGAAGGAUAUACGUGUUGGUCAGAUCAUUAAAGUUUCUGCAAAUGAAACUCUUCCUUGUGACAUGGUGCUGCUCUCUACAAGUGACACCACUGGAGUUGCUUAUGUGCAGACUACCAAUUUGGACGGUGAAUCGAAUUUGAAAACUCGAUAUGCCAAGCAAGAGACACAGACCAAAAAUCCAGAGAAUGAGAAGAUUAGUGGUUUAAUCAAGUGUGAGAAACCGAAUAGGAACAUUUAUGGUUUCCAGGCAAAUAUGGAUAUUGAUAAAAAGCGUAUUUCUCUUGGACCUUCUAAUAUAAUUCUUCGUGGUUGUGAGCUGAAGAACACUGAGUGGGCAGUCGGAGUUGCGGUUUAUGCGGGCAGGGAGACCAAAGCAAUGCUCAACAACUCUGGAGCUCCAUCCAAGAGAAGCCAUCUCGAGACACGUAUGAACCGGGAGAUCAUUUUCCUCUCAAUAUUCCUUGUUGCACUGUGUACAAUAGUAUCCGCUUGUCAUGGUGUUUGGUUGAGACGCCACAAAGAUGAACUGGAUUUGAUGCAAUUUUAUAGGAAAAAGGACUACUCAGAGAAUGAAGUUAAAGAUUAUAAUUAUUACGGGUGGGGCCUGGAAAUAUUCUUUGUGUUUCUUAUGUCGGUUAUUGUUUUCCAGAUUAUGAUUCCCAUAUCAUUAUACAUAUCUAUGGAGCUUGUUCGUGUCGGCCAGGCUUUUUUUAUGAUCCAAGAUAACAGGAUGUAUGAUAGAGCCUCAAACUCAAGAUUUCAGUGUAGGGCCUUGAAUAUAAAUGAAGAUCUGGGACAGAUAAAAUAUGUUUUCUCUGAUAAAACUGGUACCCUUACUGAGAACAAGAUGGAAUUUAAAUGCGCAAGCAUUGGAGGCAUAGACUACAGCAAUGCACAGGACAGUACUGAAGAUGGACAAAUUGGAAACUCAGCUCAAGGUGGUGGGCAGGUUUUGAGACCAAGGAUGAAGGUUAAGGUUGACCCCGAGCUUCUUGAUUUAUCGAAAAGAAAACACACGGGUGAAGGCAAACAUGUUUGUGAUUUUUUCAUAGCAUUGGCUGCUUGCAACACCAUUGUGCCUAUAACUGUGGAGACACCAGAUCCUGCUGUGAACUUGAUAGAUUAUCAGGGGGAAUCUCCAGAUGAACAGGCAUUAGUCUAUGCUGCUGCAGCAUAUGGUUUUAUGCUUAUUGAAAGAACUUCAGGUCACAUAGUUCUUGACAUCCAUGGGGAAAGACAAAGGUUUAACGUCUUGGGUUUGCAUGAGUUUGAUAGUGACCGGAAGAGGAUGUCAGUUAUAUUAGGAUGCCCUGAUAAGACAGUAAAGGUUUUCGUAAAAGGGGCUGAUACAUCCAUGUUUAGUGUCAUAAAUAGAUCACUGCACCUGAAUAUGCUAAACGUAACUGAAACUCAUCUUCAUACUUACUCCUCAAAGGGCUUGAGAACACUUGUCGUUGGUAUGCGGGAGCUGAGUCCAUCUGAAUUUGAACAGUGGCAAUCAUCUUAUGAGUUGGCAAGUACUGCUUUGAUGGGAAGGGCAGCUUUACUUCGUAAAGUUGCAAGCAAUAUUGAAAAUCAUCUCACCAUAUUGGGUGCAUCUGGGAUAGAAGACAAAUUGCAGCAAGGCGUCCCAGAGGCAAUUGAGUCUUUAAGAACGGCAGGUAUCAAGGUCUGGGUUUUGACUGGGGACAAGCAAGAAACAGCAAUUUCAAUUGGCUACUCAUCUAAGCUCUUAACAAGCAAGAUGACCCAAAUAGUAAUAAACAACAACUCCAAGGACUCGUGUAGGAAGAGUUUACAAGAUGCUUUAUUAAUGUGGAAGAAGCUCACAGCUGACUCUAAUGCUACACCUGGAGGUUCUCGAACUGGAUUAAAUGAAGUUGCCUUAAUUAUUGAUGGAACAAGCCUUGUUUACAUCUUGGACACUGACCUUGAAGAACAGCUUUUUGAAUUAGCAAGCAAAUGUGAUGUGGUAUUGUGUUGUCGGGUGGCGCCAUUGCAAAAAGCUGGCAUAGUUGCCUUAAUUAAAAAUAGAACUGAUGACAUGACCCUUGCCAUUGGAGAUGGUGCAAAUGAUGUUUCAAUGAUUCAAAUGGCUGAUGUGGGCAUAGGUAUCAGCGGACAAGAAGGUCGGCAAGCUGUCAUGGCAUCAGAUUUUGCAAUGGGUCAAUUUAGAUUUUUGGUCCCAUUGUUAUUGGUUCAUGGACAUUGGAAUUAUCAGCGGAUGAGCUACAUGAUAUUGUACAACUUCUACAGGAAAGGAAUUUUGUUCUGUUAUCUGGAUACAUGGCUUUUCCUGUGCUCGAAUUCAGUUUCUGAACUUGAGCUUGGAAACGGGAUUAAGAACCUUAGCGUGAAGAUUAGACUCCUUGACAAGAAAGAUGUAUUUGGUUAA